CAAUCUCUCCUCCAUGGUCUCGCUCUCUUCUCUCAUUUGGUCCUAAAUGCUCUCCAGUAGAGGAAGACGCUUGGGGGUCAAAUAAAAGGAGAGAGACGGAGACAGAGAAAGGGGACGUCAAGGAAAGGUGCGGGCAUGGCUGCCAAGAGGGGCAAGUCUGGCGUGCCACAAAGCGUGGCCCGGAGCGAGCUGAAGGUGUACCGCGUGGGAAGCACAGAGGGACGUAUCCCGGUGCCGUCCAAUCUCCGCAAGCAGAGGUCUCUGACCAACUUAGCCGUGCUGACAGAUGCCGAGAAGAAGAUGCAACUCUAUGAGCCCAAAUGGUGUGAUGACAUGAGCAAAGCUGCCUCAGGACACCUGAAGAUGGGCAAGCCCAAACCCGCAGCCGGUGGAGGGGCUGUUGGUUCCCAACUCUCGCGCAACCUGUCCAAAUCGGACCACUCCCUCUUCCAGGGCAAACCCAAGACGUUCACUCCACUUGCGGCACCUGGUGCUUUGGGAAAAAGCCAAAGUCGGAUCCCUCGAGGCCCUUACGCGGAAGUAAAACCCCUGAGCAAGACAUCCGACGACUGCAAGUCCGACGACGAUAUCCUUUCCAGCAAAGCCAAAGCGGGUGGGAAGAAACCUGCGGCUGGGAGCUCUGGAGACCCGGAGGCUAAAGGUCAAGGUGAGGAAGGUGGUGAUAAACCCUUCCUCAAGGUGGACCCGGAGCUGGUGGUCACUGUUCUUGGUGACCUGGAGCAGUUGCUCUUCAGUCAAAUGCUCGAUCCCGAGUCUCAAAGGAAACGGACGGUUCAGAAUGUUCUGGAUCUCAGACAGAACCUGGAGGAAACCAUGUCCAGUCUGCGAGGGGCUCAGCUCAGCCAGAGUUGUUUGGACAGCAGCGUGUGCUACGACAGUGAUGAAACCAACGCUCGUAGCAUCUCCAGCCUCUCCAACCGUUCCUCGCCUCUCUCAUGGCGCCACGGCCAGUCCAGUCCUCGUCUGCAAGCCGGCGAUGCCCCUUCCUCAACCGGAUCCAGCUAUCUGUCGGGAAGCAAAGCCUCGUCCCAAUACACCUCUCACACGAUGCCCGCUCGCUGCUCCAGCCGCCUCAGCCACACGGCACGCAGCGAGUUCAUCGAAGGCCUGGACGCUGGAGAUGGCGACCUCAAGUCUGGUUACCUCAGUGAUUCUGAUGUCCUUUGCAAGAGCCUUAAUGAUGACGAUGACGACAAUCUGGCCAAUGGUUGGGACGAGAGCAGCUCCAUCAGCAGUGGUUUGAGCGAUGGUUCUGAUAACCUGAGCUCAGAGGAUCUCAAUGCUAGCUCUUCUCUCAACUCUCUCCCCACCACACCUGUCGGCUCGCGACGCAACUCCUCCGUCAUGUUGCGAACGGAUGCAGAGAAGCGUUCUCUGGUGGAGAGUGGACUGGCGUGGUACAGCGAGGACUGCAAGUCCUUACGGAAGGCUGAUGGAGUUUAUGACACCGGGAGCCUAAAAGCGGAGCCGUCCUGCAAGUGGAGGAAAACGCGGCUACCGGAUGGUCCUGCGCAGGACAAGAUGGGGAAAGGAGAACUGAAGAAACCUCAGAGUCUCGGACAACCUGGGAGCUUCAAAAAGAGCCGCAAUCCUCCUGUGGGCGUCACCUCACCCAUCACACACAAUUCACAAAGUGUGCUAAAAAUCGCAGUCCCCAAAGGAGACUCAAAGGCAGUUGAAAGGGUGAAAAUGUCAGUGAAGGCAACGGGUCUCCAGCGCUCCCGCUCUGAUGCCGGCCGGGAGAACGCCGAGCACCGCAAGCCUCCCUCGGGUCUGGUGAAACCCUCCGCUGGCGGCUCCUUUGGUUACAAGAAACCCCCGACCACCGGUACCGCCACUGUCCUGACAGCAGGAGGCGCCACUAUCACCAGUGGCUCGGCCACUGUGGGCAAAACCCCAAAGUCCUCGGGCAUCCCCAUCAAACCCGUCCCAGGUGGAGGUGUGCGCAAAAACAGCUUUGAUGCCAGCGGCUCCGAACAGGGUUUCCUUGCGCCCAACGCUCGCGGUAGCAUUCAAUAUCGAAGUCUUCCACGACCUGCAAAAUCCAGUGCUAUGAGUUUAACCUCUCGCCCUGUUAGUGGCAGCAUCGAUGCCAGCCUCCUCACUCUUAAACCCGUGCCAGCUUUGCCCAACACCAUGCCCACCAGAGGAAAAGAAGGAGGCAGCUUUAAAGCGGCUAGUCGCCCGAGCUUUACAGGACCCGUCAACCAAACGGAUCGUGAGAAGGAGAAGGAACGGGCCAAGGCCAAAGCGGACCUGGAGAUCAGCUGUCUGAAGGCCGAGAACAGCUGUGGAGAGCCUGUGGAGAAGAUCCAUCGAGUGCGGAGGACGAGCUCGAGUAAAUACCCUGAACUGAGCUCUCCGACCUGCACGCCGAGGUUGCUGAGUGGGAAGUCUCUGGUUCACCCUCCCAGCCUGGCUCUCCUAGACAAGGUCAACUCCAACAGUCUGGACUCCUGUAUCACCAUCCAAGACCUUCCUCCAAAGAUCCCUCCCUACUCCAAGCUCCAGGACCUGGCGGGCUCCCGCUUGCCCCCUCGACUCACCCCGAGCCCAGCGCCGGUGCUCCACAUCGACUCUCCCAGCUGUUUCUCCGGCCAGGCUCUGUCUGUGAGCAGUUCCCCGAUCCUCUACCCGAAGAUGUCCGGCCUGCACCGCAGCAUGGAGUCACUGCCUCUUCAUAUGAGCGUGCCCUUAAAAACUGAUCUGGGAGACCGGGAAGAAGCCAGGAGUACUGGGACGUGGGGCGCAGGCAGUCGGACCUCCAUCACUUUAGGCGACAGUUUACAAACUGAUAGGAACACCUUACCCAAGAAAGGAUUCAGUCGCUAUGGCAGCGGUCAGUCCGAUGGCGAAGGAAGGGAACGCCGCCAUUCCCACACCAUCACUAGCAUGACGGAUUCGGAGAGCCCGCCUCAGCUUCCUUCACCCACACACGUGACACAGCCCUUCCUAGGAAAAACACCGCCAACCAACGUGGUGGCGCCAAUCCCGAGUUCCCAAAUCACACGAUCCAACAGCAUCCCAGCGAAUGACAUGGGCUACGAGCUGUACGGGACCUCUCCUCUGGGCAGCUCUCUCUCUCUGGCCGACCGACCGAAGAGCAUGAUGAGAUCCGGAUCCUUCAGAGAGCCCAGUGAAGAUGUUCAUGGAUCUGUGCUGUCUCUGGCCUCAAAUGCCUCAUCCAACUAUUCUAAUGAAGAGAGAAUUCAAGGAGAGCAAAUCCGGAUACUGAGGCGUGAGCUCGAGUCGUCUCAGGAUAAAGUGGCCAGCCUGACCACCCAACUCUCAGCAAAUGCCAACCUGGUGGCGGCGUUUGAACAGAGUCUGGCCCUCAUGACAGCACGACUACAGAGUCUGUCGGUCACUUCUGAGCAGAAGUGUUCGGGCAGCAGCGUCUCUACUAAUAGCGAAACUGAUUCUGAGCUACAGGACCUGAAGGAAACCAUAGAUAUCUUGAAGACCAAGAACACAGAAGCCCAGUCGCUCAUGCAAGUGGCCCUCAAUACCCCCGACACCACACCCAAAGAGCUGCAGAUGGACCGGCAGAACUCGUCUGAGAGCAUCUCCAGUCUGAACAGUAUCACCAGUCACUCCAGCGCCGGCAGCCUGAAGGAACAGGAGGCCAAGAAGAAGAAGAAGAAGAGCUGGUUGCGGAGCUCCUUCAACAAGGCCUUCAGUAAAAAGGGCUCCAAAGCUCCAUACGCAGAUAUAGAGGAGAUCGCAACCCCGGUCACAUCCGCCCCAUCUUCACCCAAAAUACACCAUAAUGUGGAUAAUGUCCCCGCAAAGGCCUCAACUUCAACAUUAGGAUCGUGCGAAGGGCCUGAGGAGACUGAGCAUGAAGAGAAAGUGGUGUCAGUGUUACGCACUGAACUAUGGGAGAAAGAGCGCAAGCUGACGGACAUCCGUUUGGAGGCUCUAAGCUCCGCACAUCAGCUGGAGCAGCUUCAGGAGGCCAUGACCAACAUGCAGGUUACGGUAGAAAACCUGAAGGCGGAGAACGACCAGCUGAAGACGGGUGGGCCCUCCUCCAGACCCCCAAGCUCCGCCUCCCAGUCCUCAGGGCUCGGUUCAUUGGGCGUCUCAUCACCACGACAAUCUGUAUCAUCUUUCAGCAAAACUUCAGGACAGAAUGAGCCUUACCCAGAUGUCUUUCAAAGCCCCACCACGACUUUGCAGAAGGACGAAAGUCUCGUCAGAGUGUUGAUUCGCAUACCCAACCAGCAUCUAUUCAAAGACGAGGUGAAACAGCUGGAGUUUUUCAUUGGCGCGGUUAAAAUCAGCGGGCGGACGGACUGGUUUGCUCUAGACUCUGCAGUUAUCCAGGCUUUUAAAGAGUAUUUAUCGGUGGUGGACCCGAGCUCCAGCCUCGGCCUCUCUCAGGACUCCAUCUACAGCUACAGCCUCAGUCAUCUGAAGAGGGUUCUGGGAGCUCAUCCACCCGAGACUCCUCCAGUGCGCCUCUACACCACAGGCUCCUCCUGCAUCAGUGUCGCCCUGAAAGGACUGAAGGAGAAGUGUGUGGACGUUCUGGUGUUCGAGACGCUCAUCCCUAAGCCCAUGAUGCAGCAUUACAUCAGCCUGUUGCUCAAGCACCGGCGGUUGAUCUUAUCGGGUCCCAGCGGCACAGGGAAGACCUACCUCACCUAUCGCCUCGCUGAGUACCUGGUGGAGCGCAGCGCUCGAGAGCUCACGCCUGCCAUCGCUGCCACCUUCAACAUGCACCGCCAGUCCUGCAAAGACCUUCAGCUCUAUCUGUCCAAUCUGGCCAAUCAGAUUGAUCGAGAGAGCAGCACAGCCGAGAUCCCAUUGGUUGUCCUCUUGGAUGAUGUGCAUGAUCCAACAUCCCUUAGUGAACUUGUUAAUGGUGCUUUAACCUGUAAAUAUCACAAAUGUCCAUAUAUAAUUGGGACAACCAAUCAGCCAGUGAAGAUGACCCCUAACCAUGGUCUACACCUCAGCUUCAGGAUGGUGAUGUUUUCCAAUAACGUCGAGCCGGCAAACGGGUUCCUGGUGCGUUACUUGCACAGAAAACUAAUGGAGGCCGAGGAUCCCAAGAGCAUAAAUAAUGAAGAUCUUCUGCGGGUUCUGGACUGGGUGCCCAGACUCUGGUACCACCUUCACACCUUCCUGGAAAAACACAGCACCUCCGAUUUCCUCAUUGGUCCCUGCUUCUUCCUGUCCUGUCCAGUUACAGUAGAGGAUUUCCGCACGUGGUUUAUUGAUCUUUGGAAUCACUCAAUCAUCCCAUACCUGCAGGAAGGAGCCAAAGAUGGCAUUAAGGUUCACGGGCAGAAGUCGGUGUGGGAGGAUCCGGUGGAGUGGGUCAGAGGAUCUUUACCCUGGCCGUCUGCUCAGCAAGACCAGGCCAAACUCUUCCAUCUGCCCCCCCCGAGCACAGGCCCCGGCAGCCCCAGCCAGCCAGGAGACGAGCGGACACAUAAGGAGACGCCACCCAGCUCUGUGGACUCAGAUCCACUGAUGGCUAUGCUGUUAAAACUACAAGAGGCUGCCAAUUACAUCGAGUCGCCGGAAAAAGAAACAGAUCCAAAACUCCCUCCUCUCUGAACAUCCGAUUGACGUUCCCAUCAUCCCCUCCAUCUCUCCUGCCGCCCAUGUUGAGGUCCAAACUCCCGACAGCUGCCCCACACCUGCAGAUGACACUGUACUGUUACUAGAAAUGCUAUUAGUGCAUUUCACCCACUAAGUUAUUAUAUUAUCCAUCCCACCUUUUUUCAUUUCAAUCAAAUGUCCCUUGCAAAAAAGUACUGUGGCAGUACCAUGGUUCAG